GCGGCGGGGGAAGAUGGCGGCGGCCGGCGGCGGCUCCUCCCGCUCCCCGGAGCGGCGGCUCGACCCGCUGUCCCGCUUCACCUGCCCCGUCUGCCUGGAGGUGUACGAGAGCCCGGUGCGCGUCCCCUGCGGACACGUCUUUUGCACCCCAUGCCUGCAGGAGUGUCUCAAGCCUAAAAAGCCAGUGUGCGGGGUCUGCCGCCGCACCUUGUCACCGGGCACCAGAGCUCUGGACUUGGAAAAGCAAAUCGAAAUGACAGAAACCACUUGCAAUGGCUGCAAUAAAAAAAUGUACCUCUCAAAGAUGCGCAGCCACGCAGCUUCCUGUUCCAAGUACCAGAAUUAUAUCAUGGAAGGUGUAAAAGCUGUAACUAAAGAACCACUUCACAACAGCAGGAACUUCCCAAAUCGUUUUACCUUUCCGUGUCCGUAUUGCAGCGAGAAAAACUUUGAUCAAGAAGGACUAGUUGAACACUGCAAAACAUUGCACAGCAUGGAUGCAAAACAAGUGGUUUGCCCAAUUUGUGCCUCAAUGCCAUGGGGAGAUCCAAAUUACAGGAGUGCCAACUUCAUGGAGCACCUUCAAAGGCGACAUCGCUUUUCGUAUGACACUUUUGUGGAUUAUGAUGCUGAUGAAGAUGAUAUGAUGGCACAGGUUUUGAUUCGUUCUUUGCGGGAUAAAUGAGCCAACUAGAAGAUUAACUGUAAAACCAAGCUUCCAUGAGGGGGGAACGCCCAGCAUCCUUGCACUUCUCCCUGUACGUCCCAAGAUGAGCUCAGGCAUCCAGAAAUAUGGAAGACUUUUUAAUCCCUAUCUCAGUUUCAAAUCCUGGUUUGAUAUUUCUGUACCACUCAGUCUUUUGUUAAUGUGCUCUGUGCCACUCAACCCUGUCAGCCUAAUUUUUUUGCUAGACACAACUUAAUUGUAGGUGAGCAUGGAGGAGACAAAUCUGUUUCCCUUUACCUAGGCCUGUUUCUUGGUUUCCUUUGCAACUGGGUUAAUCUGGCAGAUUAAAACCCAAAAUAUUCCAAAUGGAGUGGCCUAAACUAGUUAGUAUCUCUUCCCCAUUUCAUUUACAUAUCUUCAAUGAUAGUAGGGGGUGUAUUUGUAGCUCUGUUUUCCUUUAGUGAGACCUCUAGGUGCUAACUGUAAUUGUCAGACCAGCUCUCAUUUAAAGUGACCUAUGAUGUCUGUGAUUUCAUCAUGUUUCCCAGUGGUUAAAUUCUUAAAUGCAGCCUCUCAACUAUAUGGAAAAAGUCUCCAGUGUGAGUCUUCAAACUACAACUUUCUUAGCAAGUCUUUGCACCUGUGUAAGCAACUAGUUCAAAAUAUUUUACUUCUAUGCAUGAUUAUUACUUUCUUUCAUAAUUUCUACCCAGGAAAAUAAACUUCAGUGUUGGUCUUAGUUAAAAUGCACCAUUUUUUAACUAUCUUAGCAAAUAUUUGCAGGCUUUAUGAUUAAAUAGGUGUUUUUGAAACUUGUUUGCGAGUGAUUUUAAGCCUUAUGCUGAUAGGGGAUUUCAGGUUUUUGUUUUUUUUUUUCCAAUACCUCUGCUUUCUAUUUAAACUACAAUUUUUGUAUAUAUUCCUUGAUUUUCCAACUCUCAAGGCAAGCUGGUAGCAAAACUUACUAAUAAUUCAUAGCAGCUGCAUAGCACUACCUUUCUGCAUUACAGAUUUUGAACUCCUGUCCUUCAUUUAAAUGUUGCUAAGUGAAGCUGUACUUAGGUUGUUUUCCAUAUAAUAGAGUGUGUAUAGUAUGCAGGUAUAGCUUUCAAGCAAAGAGUAAAAUGUAACCCAGAAAGCAGGAUGGCAAUUCCAGUAGGUGGUGAAUGGAUACUCUAUAUUCAAGUCUACACUUUCACUAGAGAGAUUCCUUUUUAGUUCAACAUUUUCAUUAACUUCACAGUCAAGAUGUUGAGAUCUAAGACACCUGACCACAACUUGUAAAUUAUGUUAGUGUUGAUGUCAGGUCUAAUUUAAGCAUGUUUAGUUGGAGCAGUGGACCUGCACCACCACAUAAUUGAGUGCUAAUUAAUAUAUUUGGUCAGUAAAUUUAGUAUUAUUGCACUCUGCAGAGUGCAGCAUAGCCUUACCCUUACAACCCCUUCUAAAACCUCUUCAUUAAACAUUGUGUCCAGCCAGACCUCUAACACAUUUAAGUUCAACUUGGCUUUAGUAUGUUCUCCCCAGCCUGAUGUGGGCUCUUAGAGGCUCAUCCUGAAGGCUCUGCUUAGUGACUGGGAGCCUUGAGAGGGGAAAAGAAAUCUCAUGGUACUGUGGAAAAAAAGUACUGGUUUUAGGGUCGGUUAUUUUAAUGCUUGAUGUGCAAAGAGAUUCCAAUGUAUCAGUGGUUGGACAAGAACUGCUGGGUUCUGGCCUAGAACGUGGUUUGGUGAUGCCUGCUGACCAGAAUCUAGAUUUCUGCUACUAUUCUAAGUGCACUUCCAUGCAGUUCCCACAAAAUGUUUAAGGAGCAGUUAGAAGCUUCCAAGCAACUACUUUGUCAUGUUUUUGACUUUUGAAGACAAGUUAUAAAUUAAAUGACCUCUAUUUGUAAAAUCCUA